UGGGGCUUCCUAAAGGAACUUGUCGACACUAUUUCAUUCUUAAAAUCCAGAUACACCCUUGAAUAUUUGUAUACCGUUAAUCGCACGUCGCUAAAUGUAGCACUUAUAGAUAACCUUUUCCCUGAACCUCUGUACCGAAAGCCGUAUCUCUCUCUAUUUGGUCAAGAUGUUCUUUGCCGUGUCCGUAGAAUGUGCAUUACGCCAGCAGCGAAAACAUUUUUCUUUAAGCUGCACACUUCCACCCUGCCAGCUAAAACGUCGCUUCAGGAAAAAGGACUGUAUGUACCCUGGAAUACAAAUUGUAGACUUUGCAAUCAACCGGAGACAAUCGAACAUUGCUUUAUACUUUGUCGUGACGCAUUUAAUUUUUGGGACAUUUUACAAAGAACUGUAAAAAAAAAAGACUUUCCUCUCACAUAUUAUGGUAUCCGUUUCUUUCCUUUCGAAAAGACAACCAGUAAUACACCAUACGAUUUGCUUAUGUUGUUAGGACUUCAUUCAUUAUGGAGAAGUCGAAUGAUCGAUAGACAUGCCGAGCCACCUCGCUCGACAAGGUCUAUCUUCCGAGAAGAGACUGCCCAAGUGCGUGGUGUGGUUGCUACCUUUGAUCCCGUACCUGAAUAA